AUGCCAGGCCUCCAGUGCGGCCAUUUGCGAAAAGUUUUCCUGGCUCUAAGCAUCGAACUUCUGCAGGCUCAUGGUGGAAGUGGAAAUUUCAGCUGGUCCUGUUCUAACCAGGCAGUUGCUACAGUGACAGUCAAAGGAGUGAUGACAACUGGAAGUGAUAUUGGCGUCAGUGUUAUUCAGGCAACUGAUGUUCAGAAUCCAUUGCAUUAUGGAGAAAUGAAGGUGUAUGUAACUGAACCUAGUGGCAUGGAGUUCACACCGUGUCAAGUUGAAGCACGUGUGGGCCAAACACUGGAGCUGCCCCUGAGGAUUAAUGGCCUGACAAACACUGAAACGGGCGAGACGGUCCCACUGAGUGACUGUUCACACUUCGAUCUAGUUGUGGAAGCAGAAAACUCUGGCGUGUUCAGACCACUUCAAGGACAGUAUAAAGAAGUUUAUGAGACUUGGAGACUUCAUGGAGUCAGAGUGAAAGCUGAAGCUCAAGGUUACACAACACUUGUUGUUAGUUACGCCCGUGCCCACAUCCACCUCAGUGCGAGCAUCACCAUUGCUGCUUAUCUACCAUUAAAAACUAUUGAUCCUCCAUCUGUUGCUUUAGUGACUUUGGGUUCCUCUAAAGAUAUGUUAUUUGAGGGAGGACCUAGACCAUGGGUACAAGAACCUUCAAAGUUCUUCAGGAACAUCACCGCUGAGGAUGGAGAAAGUAUUGGUGUAUCUUUAUUUGGGCCUCCAACGUCUCGAAACAACAUCCAGCAUUGGGUUAGAGUGUCUUGCAAAAGCCUGGGAGAGCAAAUUAUUGCCUUAACAGUUGGAAACAACCCCACAAUCACAAACCCUUUUCCAGCGGUUGAGCCUGCUGUUGUGAAGUUCAUCUGUGCUGUCCCUUCACGACUCACCUUGACUCCUGUUUAUGGAAGUCCUCAGCUGGAUCUCUCCUGCCCUUUGCUGCAACAAAAUAAGCAAGUGGUUCCUGUCUCAAAUUAUCGCAAUCCAGUACUGGAUUUGGCUGCGUAUGACCAACAAGGCAGUAAAUUUGAUAACUUCAGUUCUCUUAGUCUUGUCUGGGAAUCAACAAAAAUGUCCUUAGCCAAUAUUGACCCUGAUAUGCCGAUGGAGCUGACCCUGAAAGAAGAUGGAAGCGGUCAAAAGAAAAUGCACGGCUUACAAACUGUUCUGGUUCAUCACGAGUCUGGCACAACUGCCAUCUCUGCAACUGCAACAGGAUACCAGUCAUCCCAUCUCAAGGCAGCUAAAGUAAAAAUACUG